GUUCAGUAGUGACUAGAGAAAGAACAGCCGCCCGACAUCUCAUGGCUCCACCUCCACCUCCAUCUCCACCGGUCCACCACAAUCCCCACCUCAUGAGUCAUGAGCACACCACGCGGCGAUUACGGUGGCGGUGAGCACAAGUAAAACGGCCCCCGUUUCACCCCAAACGCAUCCCUCCAUCCUCGUCCGCCACGGCGGGGUGGAAGGAGAUCCAUGGAUAACCACAGUGCGGGGGCCGCCGCCGGGGCCAGCGGCGGCGGCAACGAGUCCGCGCCGUCUCAGCUAGCCCCCUCCGCCUCCGGCAACGACGACGGGGAGAUCACCGUCGACGUGCGCGACGACGACGGGGAGACCGUCGCGGGCGGGGCUGGUGCUGGGGACAACUACCAGUUCAUGGUUGAGGCUGCGCACAAGCUCGGCAUCUGCACCUCGUGGCACCAUGUCGAGAGGCAGUUCCACGUACUCGCCGUGGACGGCUGCCUCCGCCGCUCAAAGUUCGGCAAUUGCAUCGGUUUUCAUGGAUCGGAUGAGUUCGCCGUCCAGCUGUUCGAUGCGCUGGCGUGGCGGCGGAACAUCUCCCGCAGCUGGAUCAGCAAGGCGGAGCUGCGUGAUUUCUGGGACCAAAUCUCCAACAUCAGCUUCUUUAUCCGGCUCCAGACCUUCUUCGACAUAAUGGUCAAGAACACGGGCGAAAGGAUUACCGAGGAGGUUGUCAAAAAGAUGAUCGCACUGAGCGCGUCAGCGAACAAGCUGCCCAAGGUCGAAGAGCAGGCGUCGGAGUAUGCACGUCUGAUCAUGGAGGAGCUGGACACUGACAACCUAGGCUACAUCGAGUUCGACAACCAGCUGGUGACGCUGCUGCUGCAUGCGGCCGUCGGCACCACUUACAACAGCCGCGACUCGUACCAGAUGCUGAGCGCGAGACUCCGGAUGCUGGAGACGAACCCGCUCCAGCGGUGGUACCGCCGCCGCGUGCAGUACUUCCUCGAGGACAACUGGCGGCGCUUGUGGGUGUUGUUCCUGUGGCUCUCCGUUUGCGCGGUGCUCUUUGCCUGGAAGUUCAUCCAGUACCGUCGCCGCUACGUGUUCCAGGUGAUGGGCUACUGCGUCUGCGUCGCCAAGGGCGGCGCCGAGACGCUCAAGUUCAACAUGGCGCUCAUCCUGCUCCCCGUGUGCCGGAACACCAUCACCUGGAUCCGCAACUUCACGUUCGUCACCCGCACCGUGCCGAUCGACGACAGCAUCAAUUUCCAUGAGGUGAUCGCCAUGGGGAUCGCCAUCGGCAUGGGUCUGCACGUUGUCUCCCACCUGACCUGCAACUUCCCACGGCUGCUCCAUGCCACCGACGUCGGGUACGCGCCACUGGCGCAAUACUUCGGCACGGAGCGCGACUGGAGGCCACCGGAUUACUGGUGGUUCUUGAAGGGCACAGAAGGGUGGACUGGUCUCGUGAUGCUGGUGCUCUCGGCGAUCGCUUUCACACUCGCGUUGCCAUGGUUCCGCCGUGACAUGGUCCGGCUCCCCGGCCCGCUCAAGCGCCUGACGGGCUUCAACGCCUUUUGGUACUCGCACCACCUGUUGGUCAUUGUCUAUGCGCUACUCAUCGUGCACGGCCACUUUUUGUACCUCACGCACAAGUGGUACAACAAGUCCACGUGGAUGUACCUGGCCGUGCCGAUGCUACUUUACGCUGGCGAGCGGCUGGUGCGGGCGCUGCGGUCCAGCAUGCUGCCAGUGAAGAUCCUUAAGGUGGUGAUGUACCCUGGGCACACGCUAUCGCUGCACUUCUCCAAGCCGCCAGGGUUCGAGUAUAAGAGCGGCCAAUACAUCUUCCUCAACUGUCCCACCAUCUCGCCAUUCCAGUGGCACCCAUUCUGCAUCACGUCGGCUCCGCAGGACAACUACGUGAGCCUCCACAUUAGGGCGGUCGGCGACUGGACUCGCUGCCUCAAGGCUUUCUGCACAAAGGUGUGCUGGCCUCCUAAGGAUGGGAAGAGUGGGUUGCUUAGGGCGGACUACGAUUAUGAUAGAAACACGACAUCCAACGAGAGCUUGCCGAAGAUGCUAAUCGACGGCCCGUACGGCUUGAUGGCACAAGACUACAAGCAGUAUGAAGCCGUGUUCCUCAUCAGUCUCGGCAUUGCCGCCACACCCAUGAUCUCCAUCCUCAAGGACAUCAUCAAUAACAUGAAACAGCUCCACGGCGACAUCGAAUCUGGGGAUGCCACCAACAACUCCAUGUCGUCAUCGUCAUUCCGCCCGUGGCGCGUCUACUUCUACUGGGUAUUCCGGGAGCAAGGAUCCUUUGACUGGUUCCGGAGCAUUAUUGACGAGGUAGCGGAGGCAGAAAAGAUGGGCGUUAUCGAGUUCAACAUCUACAUCACCAGCAUCUACGAGGAGGGCGAUGUACGGUCCGGUCUCAUCGCCAUGCUCCACUUCCUCAAUUAUGCAAAGAAUGGCAACGACAUCAUCUCCGGCACCCGCGUCAAGGCCCACUUUGGGCGACCCAACUGGUGGGAAGUCUACAAGAGCAUCGCGCUCAAUCACCAAGGUCAGCGCGUUGGAGUGUUCUACUGCGGUGCUCAGGUGCUGGUAAAGGAGCUGCGUGAACUCGCACGGGAUUUUUCGAGAAAAACCACCACGAAGUUCGAAUUCUUCAAGGACACUUUCUAGUUUGAGCGACUAAGGCAACUUGUCUCAUGAAGUUUACGCAUAACGAGUUCAGUACAUACUGUAUUAAUUAUAUAUGUGUACCGUAUAUAUGGAAGGGAGUUUAUCAAAUUAUAGGUACACAAGCUUUGCAAAAAAAAACAGUAGGUUAUAUGUUGACGACCGAAAUUGUUAUGGUUGGAGAAACAUGUUUGACCGGUGUACAAAACCGGCCUGACCAAAGUAGACUACACUAUUCAUGAAACCGUCCUAGAGGACUUCCA